AUGAGAUUCUUGUUGCAUCCUCGCUGUUUACCAGCCAAACUGGCCCUCCGUUCCAGCAAUAAUGGUCUUGCGAACGCUGUUCGUCAAGGGCGUUUACCGACUAGUGUAGUCACACAGCAUGGUGACACCACCUCCCAUCAGGCCAAACGUGUCGAGAAAGAGCCCGUUGACGCACUAUCGCCAUCCCUACUGCCGUCGUCUACCACGGCAACGAGCGGCUCUCGUCGAGCCUGGGGACAGCAAUGCAGUGUAAAUUGUGGAUGCGUAGUGCGUUUCGAGGCUUCUAUUCGGCACGAUAGUCUCAUCGAGUCCGUGUCGUACGUUGCCAAACAGGUUCUCACUACCCGAACCUUGACGAGUCCAGCUAAAGCCGCAAAAAGUGUAGGGGAAACGGAUGCUUCGAGCGGCCACUUGGAACCUCUUCUGACAACCAAAGGGCGACCAAUGUUUCAGGAAUGUCGCUGUGAAACCGUGCAUUCGCUGUCGUCCUUGAUUGUGGAAGAAUUGAAUCGAACAAAAUUGCCUUGGAGCACGGCCAAGAAUUGGUUGGAAUUCUCUUCUACCCGGUCUUCCGACAGUUUUCGCACUACGGUGCUUCAGACACAGGGCUUGCCACGUACGCACACGCACUGUUUCGAUGUCGUGGAAGAGGCACUCACGGCGCUCCUCAAGGGACACUUACCGCGACCACGAAAAGCCGCCACACCAUUCGCUGCGAAGAAUCUCAGAUUGCUAGACGUUGAUGGGAAUGUGAAUGAACGACAUUGGCAUGAUGAUCGAGACUACGCAUCCUACGGCCUCUCCUUUCGGCUGUGGAAAGAUCAAGAAGAAAAUUAUCAAGUGAUCCAGCCACGCUCCCUUUCUACGUUGAAUCUGUUGGAUUUGACCAGUAACGGUACUAUCCAUACUGACAGAUCUAGUAGCAGCCGACGAAGGGCUGGGAAAUCGGCCUCGCCACCGCAGGACUGGGUGUCCUAUGUUGAUGAGCUUUAUGAAGAGGAUGACGAAUCGGCGUAG